AUGCGGUCACUACUCACCCUCUUCAGCGCGUUGCUGGCAUAUACCACGGCUGUGUACGCAACCGCUCUCACCUACCGAUUAGAAGCACACGAGAAAGCAUGCUUCUUCGCGACCGUUGAGAACAAGGGGACCAAGCUGGCCUUUUACUUUGCAGUGCAAUCUGGAGGCUCUUUCGAUGUCGACUACUCGGUUGUCGGCCCCACAGACAAAGUCAUCCUCGAUGGCACCAAGGAGCGACAGGGCGAUUUUGUCUUCACAGCGCUUGAUGUGGGCGAAUACCGCUUCUGCUUUAACAAUGAGAUGAGCACAUUCGCCGAGAAGAUGGUCGAUUUCGAGAUCGCCGUUGAGAACGAAGCCGCCCGCGCCAAAAUCCCAUCCAAGCAGGGCUCCUCCCCCGAACAGACCUCUGUCCUCGAAGAAUCCAUCCUCAAGCUCUCCGCGCAACUCUCCACCAUCUCCCGCAACCAGAAAUACUUCCGCACGCGCGAGAACCGCAACUUCAGCACCGUCAAGAGCACCGAGAAGAGGAUAUUCAACUUCAGUUUGAUGGAGUCGGGCUUGAUUAUGACCAUGGCAGGACUGCAGGUCUUCAUUGUCCGCUUCUUUUUCCAAGGCGCCAGGAAAGGUAUUAUAUGA